GUUUUUGAUACUUUUGUGUCCUUGUGAUUUUAAUCGCCAGGGGAGAGGCCUUUCUCGGACGUGUCGACGAGCCGCGUUUGAAAGCCUUUCCACGGCCACCAUGCGCAGGCUCGCCAUAGAUAGAGCCAAGAGACUUCUCUUUGGCUCCUUCCUCUCCUCGUCUCAAUCCUCUCUCGCUCCUGGUCCCUCUUCCUCUUGCUUUCCCUUCUCUCCGUUCUCUUCCGAGGCCGCCAUGUCUCUCUCUAAGUUUCCUCCCAUUACCGUCGAAACCAUCAAUCCAAAGGUUAAAAAAUGUGAAUAUGCCGUCCGUGGAGAGAUUGUUAGCCAUGCCCAGCGCUUGCAACAAGAGCUACAAACAAAACCAGGUUCGCAUCCUUUUGAAGAGAUACUCUAUUGCAAUAUUGGAAAUCCUCAAGCUCUUGGUCAGCAGCCAAUUACAUUUUUUCGAGAGGUUCUUGCUUUAUGCAAUUAUCCAGCUCUCUUGGACAGAGAUGAAACUCAUGCUUUAUUCAGCUCGGAUGCCAUAGCGAAAGCCUGGGAAAUUCUAGACCUGAUUCCAGAUAGAGCUACUGGUGCAUAUAGUCAUAGCCAGGGUAUCAAAGGCUUGCGUGAAGCAAUUGCAGUGGGAAUUGCUGAACGCGAUGGUUUUCCUGCUAAGGCCGAUGACAUUUUCUUAACAGAUGGAGCAAGCCCUGCAGUGCAUAUGAUGAUGCAGUUAUUGAUAAGAUCAGAGGAAGAUGGCAUUCUCUGCCCCAUCCCGCAGUACCCCUUGUACUCUGCCUCGAUUGCCCUUCAUGGUGGCUGUCUUGUUCCAUAUUACCUUGAUGAGGCAAAAGGAUGGGGGCUGGAGAUUUUUGAGCUUAAGAAGCAACUGCAAGCUGCUAGGACCCAAAAUAUAUGUGUUAGAGCAUUAGUGGUCAUAAAUCCUGGAAAUCCAACUGGACAGGUUCUCUCAGAAGAAAACCAAAAGGAGAUAGUCGAAUUUUGCAGAAAUGAGGGUUUGGUUCUUCUGGCUGAUGAGGUAUACCAAGAAAAUAUAUAUGCUGACAACAAGAAAUUUAACUCUUUCAAAAAGAUUUCAAGGUCAAUGGGGUACAGUGGAGAUGACCUUUCUUUAGUAUCAUUUCAAUCAGUUUCUAAAGGAUAUUAUGGAGAAUGUGGAAAAAGAGGAGGAUACAUGGAGGUGACUGGUUUGAGUCCUGAUGUAAAAGAACAGAUUUACAAGGUGGCCUCUGUAAAUCUUUGCUCAAACAUCUCCGGUCAGAUUCUUGCAAGCCUUGUCAUGAAUCCACCAAAGGUCGGAGACGAAUCUUAUGAAUCUUACAUUGCAGAAAGAGAUGAGAUUCUUUCAUCUUUAGCAAGGCGUGCAAAGGCACUAGAAGAUGCUUUCAACAGUUUAGAAGGCGUGACAUGCAACAAGGCAGAGGGAGCCAUGUAUCUCUUCCCACGUCUUCACCUGCCUCAAAAGGCAAUCAAAGCUGCUGAAGCUGUUAAGACUGCCCCUGAUGCAUACUAUGCACACCGCCUUCUUGAUGCCACUGGAAUUGUCGUUGUUCCUGGAUCAGGGUUUGGACAGGUCCCUGGAACAUGGCAUAUCAGAUCCACAAUCCUCCCACAGGAAGAUAAGAUUCCAGCUAUCCUUUCCCGGCUCAAAGCUUUCCAUGAAGCAUUCAUGGAUGAGUUUCGUGACUAAGGUGUUGCCUAAACUAUCAUCAUAGCAUAUUAAAGAUGUCAUCCUUUAUUUACUGGCUAUGGUUGGGAGCAAGGCUUAUCGUAAAUUUUAUACAAGUAGCAGACUGUUGUCAUCUUCUUGGGUGCAUCCUUGUGAAGUCCCUAAGGUUUAUUGAAUUUUUGUCAAAAACUCGUAAAAUAAAAUACUUUCUGGGACAGUUUGUUGUUAAUAAUUUUCUCGAACAGUUUUCGAUGUCUUGAAAGGUUGCUUCUCCUGCAUCA